AUGUCUUCUGAUCACCCCAGUCAAAGAAAUGUUCAAGGCGAAAAUGAUCAAGAUGGAGUUGAAGAUGGAAACAAUCAAACUGUAAAUAUACAAGAUGUGAAUGCGGCAGGAAAUGAUCAAGGUGGAGAUAAUCAAGGAGAAGCUAACCAAGGAGGAGAUAAUCAAGGAAGAGAUAAACAAGUUGGAGAUAGUCAAGGUGGAGAUAAUCAAGUCAAAACAGAUCAAGGCAACAAUGAUCAAGGUGUAGAUAAACAAGGUGGAAAUGAGGAUGGAAAUGUUCAAACUUUAAAUGUUCAAGGUGUGAAUGAGGGUGAAAAUAAUCAAGGUGAAGAUAAACAAGGAGGUGAUAAUCAAGGUGGAGAUAACCAAGGUGGAGAUAAUCAAGUUGGGGAUUAUCAAGAUGGAGAUAAUCAAGGUGAAAAUAAUCAAGGAGGAGAUAAUCAAGGUGAAAAUGAAGACGGAAAUGUUCAAACUGUAAAGGUUCAAGGUGGCAAUAAACAAGGUGGAGAUAAUCAAGGUGGAGAUAAUCAAGAUGGAGAUGGUAAAGGUGAAAAAGAAGAUGUAAAUGUUCAAACUGUAAAGGUUCAAGGUAGAGAUAAACAAGGUGGCGAUAAUAAAGGUGGAGUUAAUCAAGGUGGAAAUAAAAAAGGAGGAGAUAAUCAAGGUGGAGAUAACCAAGGAGGAGAUAAUCAAGAUGGAGAUAAUCAAGAUGGAGAUAAUCAAGAUGGAAAUAAAGAUGGAAUUGUUCAAACUUUAAAGAAUCAAGGUGUGAAUAAGGGUGGAAAUGAUCAAGGUGAUGGUAAACAAGGUGGAGAUCAUCAAAGUGUAAAAAAUCAAGGAGGAGAUAAUCAAGGUGGAGAUAGUCAUGGAGGAGAUAAUCAAGGUGGAGAUAAUCAAAGAGGUGAUAAUCAAGGCGGAAAUAAUCAAGGAGGAGAUAAUCAAGGUGGAAAUAAUCAAGGUGGAAAUAAUCAAGGUGUGAAUGAGGGUGGAGAUAAUCAAGGUGGAGAUAAACAAGGUGAAAAUAAUCAAGGAGGAGAUAAUCAAGAUGGAGAUAAUCAAGGUGGAGAUAAUCAAGGUGGAGAUAAUCAAGGUGGAGAUAAACAAGGUGGAGAUAAUCAAGGUGGAGAUAAUCAAGGUGGAGAUAAUCAAGGUGGAAAUAAGCAAGGUGGAAAUAAUCAAGGAGGAGAAAAUCAAGGUGAAAAUGAAGACGGAAAUUUUCAAACUGUAAAGGUUCAAGGUGGAGAUAAACAAGAUGGAGAUAAUCAAGGUGGAGAUGAUCAAGGUGGGGAUAAUCAAGGUGGAAAUAAUCAAGGAGGAGAUAAUCAAGGUGGAAAUAAUCAAGGUGGAGAUAAUCAAGGUGAAAAUGAAGACGGAAAUGUUCAAACUGUAAAGGUUCAAGAUGUGAAUGAGGGUGGAAAUCAUCAAGGUGGAGAUAAUCAAAGUGUAAAAAAUCAAGGAGGAGAUAAUCAAGGUGGAGAUAACCAAGGUGGAGAUAAUCAAGUUGGGGAUAAUCAAGAUGGAGAUAAUCAAGGUGGAAAUAAUCAAGGAGGAGAUAAUCAAGGUGAAAAUGAAGACGGAAAUGUUCAAACUGUAAAGGUUCAAGGUGGCAAUAGACAAGGUGGAGAUAAUCAAGGUGGAGAUAAUCAAGAUGGAGAUGGUAAAGGUGAAAAAGAAGAUGUAAAUGUUCAAACUGUAAAGGUUCAAGGUAGAGAUAAACAAGGUGGCGAUAAUAAAGGUGGAGUUAAUCAAGGUGGAAAUAACAAAGGAGGAGAUAAUCAAGGUGGAGAUAACCAAGGAGGAGAUAAUCAAGGUGGAGAUAAUCAAGAUGGAGAUAAUCAAGAUGGAAAUGAAGAUGGAAUUGUUCAAACUUUAAAGAAUCAAGGUGUGAAUAAGGGUGGAAAUGAUCAAGGUGAUGGUAAACAAGGUGGAGAUCAUCAAAGUGUAAAAAAUCAAGGAGGAGAUAAUCAAGGUGGAGAUAGUCAAGGAGGAGAUAAUCAAGGUGGAGAUAAUCAAAGAGGUGAUAAUCAAGGCGGAAAUAAUCAAGGAGGAGAUAAUCAAGGUGGAAAUAAUCAAGGUGGAAAUAAUCAAGGUGAAAAUGAAGACGGAAAUGUUCAAACUGUAAAGGUUCAAGGUGUGAAUGAGGGUGGAGAUAAUCAAGUUGGAGAUAAACAAGGUGGAGAUAAUCAAGGAGGAGAUAAUCAAGGUGGAGAUAAUCAAGGUGGAGAUAAUCAAGGUGGAGAUAAACAAGGUGGAGAUAAUCAAGGUGGAGAUAAUCAAGGUGGAGAUAAUCAAGGUGGAGAUAAUCAAGGUGGAAAUAAGCAAGGAGGAAAUAAGCAAGGUGGAAAUAAUCAAGGAGGAGAUAAUCAAGGUGAAAAUGAAGACGGAAAUUUUCAAACUGUAAAGGUUCAAGGUGGAGAUAAACAAGAUGGAGAUAAUCAAGGUGGAGAUGAUCAAGGUGGGGAUAAUCAAGGUGGAAAUAAUCAAGGAGGAGAUAAUCAAGGUGGAAAUAAUCAAGGUGGAGAUAAUCAAGGUGAAAAUGAAGACGGAAAUGUUCAAACUGUAAAGGUUCAAGAUGUGAAUGAGGGUGGAAAUCAUCAAGGUGGAGAUAAUCAAAGUGUAAAAAAUCAAGGAGGAGAUAAUCAAGGUGGAGAUAACCAAGGUGGAGAUAAUCAAGUUGGGGAUAAUCAAGAUGGAGAUAAUCAAGGUGGAAAUAAUCAAGGAGGAGAUAAUCAAGGUGAAAAUGAAGACGGAAAUGUUCAAACUGUAAAGGUUCAAGGUGGCAAUAAACAAGGUGGAGAUAAUCAAGGUGGAGAUAAUCAAGAUGGAGAUGGUAAAGGUGAAAAAGAAGAUGUAAAUGUUCAAACUGUAAAGGUUCAAGGUAGAGAUAAACAAGGUGGCGAUAAUAAAGGUGGAGUUAAUCAAGGUGGAAAUAACAAAGGAGGAGAUAAUCAAGGUGGAGAUAACCAAGGAGGAGAUAAUCAAGGUGGAGAUAAUCAAGAUGGAGAUAAUCAAGAUGGAAAUGAAGAUGGAAUUGUUCAAACUUUAAAGAAUCAAGGUGUGAAUAAGGGUGGAAAUGAUCAAGGUGAUGGUAAACAAGGUGGAGAUCAUCAAAGUGUAAAAAAUCAAGGAGGAGAUAAUCAAGGUGGAGAUAGUCAAGGAGGAGAUAAUCAAGGUGGAGAUAAUCAAAGAGGUGAUAAUCAAGGCGGAAAUAAUCAAGGAGGAGAUAAUCAAGGUGGAAAUAAUCAAGGUGGAAAUAAUCAAGGUUCAAGGUGUGAAUGA